UUUUUUAAGGUCUGGCUGCCUUUAUGAUCCAGAUAUUUAAUUUCCUUAUGAGAGGAGAUUAUUAUUUAUAUACAGAAACAUGUUAUUGUUUUUCUCUGACCACACCCACAGGUCCUGAUAAUCUGUUAUAGCAGCUCGUUUAGCCAGCAGUCGGUGGUUUAUGGUUGUUUUUGCAUCAUUUCUAAUGUUGUAGCUCCAGGCUAAUCUCUCAUCUCAUCGUAUCGGCGCUGUUGCUGCUGUUUGCUCUGCAACUGAAAGCAUGACUGACUGAACUCACCGUGUUGUUUCUCCACCCCUCCUUUAAACCACUCCAUGUCUCCUCCACCCACACUUUUCCCCUCCAUCUUUGUCUCCUCCCUCCUCUCCACAUUCAUCCUUCUCACGCUAAUCCACCCUAAUCCCACCACCCCUCGUUCAUUGUGGGAUGUUGCUGUGUGUGUUGUUGCCCCUCACCUCCAUUUUCUCCAUGGUCACUGCUCACUGCAAUCACCCAGCUGGUAGAGUUCCACGACAAGAUGGAUCCUCUGCUGGAGACUCUGGAGGCGGCGGUGCAGAGGCUCCGGCAGCCUCCGCCGGUCGCCGCCGAGGUGGAGAAGAUCCGGGAGCAGCUGGCGGAGCACCGCGCUCAGGGGCUGGAGCUGGACAAGCUGCUGCCCAGCUUCUCCGCGCUCUGCUGCCGCGGGGAGGAGCUGAUCAGCCGGGCGGCGCACGACGACCCGGCGGCUCAGGCCGUUCGCUCCCGGCUCCUGCGUUUGCGCUCCCUUUGGGACGAGAUCCGGCAGCGAGCCGAGGAGAGGGAGAGCAAGCUGAACGACGUCCUGGACCUGGCCGGGAAGUUCUGGGCCGACGUGGCGGCUCUACUGAGCACGCUCAGAGACUCCCAGGACAUCGUGAGGGAGCUGGAGGACCCCGGGGUGGACCCGUCGCUCAUCAAGCAGCAGAUCGAAGCAGCCGAGGCCAUCAAGGCGGAGACGGACGGCCUGAGGGAGGAGCUGGAGUUCGUCCGGACGCUCGGGGCUGACCUGAUCUUCGCCUGCGGAGAAACCGAGAAACCUGAAGUCAAGAAAACCAUCGAUGAGAUGAAUGCUGCCUGGGAGAGUCUAAACCGAACAUGGAGGGAGAGGAUGGAGCGGCUGGAGGAGGCCAUGACCGCCUCGGUUCAGUACCAGGACGCGCUGCAGUCCAUGUUCGACUACCUGGACAACGCCGUGAUCAAGCUGUGCGACAUGUCGACCGUAGGAACCGAUCUGGGAACCGUCAAACAGCAGAUAGAGGAGCUCAAGCAGUACAAGGUGGACGUCUACCAGCAGCAGAUCGACAUGGAGAAGCUCUGCCACCAGGGGGAGCUGCUGCUGAAGAAGGUGUCGGACCAGACCGACCGGGACAUGAUCCAGGAGCCGCUGACAGAACUGCGGCACCUCUGGGAGAAUCUGGGAGAUAAAAUCACCCAGAGACAGCACAAGCUGGAGGCGGCGCUGCUGGCUCUUGGUCAGUUCCAGCACGCCCUCUCUGAGCUGCAGGCCUGGCUGAGCCACACCCACACCACUCUGGACACGCAGCGGCCCGUCAGCUCCGACCCCAAGGCCAUCGAAAUCGAGCUGGCGAAACACCACGUUUUACGUAACGACGUGCUGUCCCAUCAUGCCACGGUGGAGACUGUGAACAGCGCCGCCGCCGAGCUGCUGGAGUCGUCUCCGGGCGACGAGGCCAGCCACCUGCGGGACCAGCUGGACCAGCUCAACCGCAGCUGGGAGAGUCUACUGCUGAAAACCCAGGAGCGGCAGAAGCUCCUGGAGGCCGCCCUGCAGCAGGCUGAAGGUUUUCAUGGCGAGCUGGAGGAGUUCCUGCAGUGGCUGAGGCGGACAGAGAGCCAGCUGUCUGCCGCCAAGCCGACCGGAGGCCUCCCAGAAACGGCCAGGGAGCAGCUACAGCAGCACCUGGAGCUGCAGGCUCAGCUGAACCAGCGGGCAGAACAGUACCACCACCUCCUGGAUCAGGGAGAGUCUAUGCUGCUGGCCCGAGGAGGAGAGGAAGCCGGGCCCGGAACCACCCAGACCCAGCAGAACCUGGCCAUGCUGCAGAACAAGUGGGCCAGCCUCAACACCAAGAUGGACGACCGCAGGGGGAAGCUGGAGGAAGCCGUUUCCUUGGCAACAGGUUUCCAGACGUCCCUCCAGGACACCAUGAACUGGCUGACGCAGGCCGAACAGACCCUGAACAUGGCCCAGCCCCCCAGCCUCAUUCUGGACACGGUCCUCUUCCAGAUCGAUGAGCACAAGGUGUUUGUGAACGAGGUGAACACCCACAGAGAGCAGGUCCUGGCUCUGGAGAAAGCGGGCUCUCAGCUUCGCUUCGCCAGUCUGAAGCAGGACGUGGUUCUGAUCAAGAACCUGCUGCUGAGCGUCCAGGCCCGCUGGGACAAGCUGGUCCAGAGGUCCCUGGACCGGGGCCGACACCUCGAUGAGGCCCGGAAACGAGCCAAGCAGUUCCACGAGGCCUGGAGGAAGCUGACGGACUGGCUGGAGGAAGCCGAGAAAAGACUCGACUCGGAGGUGGAGAUCUCCAACGAGCCGGACAAGAUCAAAGUUCAGCUGACCAAACACAAGGAGUUUCAGAAAGCGCUGGGGUCCAAGCAGCCGGUUUACGACACCACGGUGAGGUCAGGGAAGGCCAUGAGGGACAAGGCUCAGCUGCCUGCAGACCAGCAGAAACUGGACCACCUGGUGGGGGAAGUCCGGGACAAGUGGGACACCGUCUGUGGGAAGAGCGUUGAAAGGCAGCACAAGCUGGAGGAGGCUCUGCUGUUCUCAGGUCAGUUUGCCGAAGCGCUGCAGGCGUUAGUGGACUGGCUGUACCGGGUUGAGCCUCAGCUGGCUGAAGACCAGCCGGUCCACGGCGACAUGGACCUGGUGUCCAACCUCAUGGACGCACACAAGGUUUUCCAGAAAGAACUGGGUAAGCGGACCGGCAGCGUUCAGGCUCUGAAGCGGUCAGCCCGCGACCUGAUGGAGACGGGCCGGGAUGACACGGCGUGGGUCAAAGUUCAGCUGCAGGAGCUGAGCAACCGCUGGGACACAGUGUGUGCUCUGUCCGUCACCAAGCAGACCCGCCUCCAGCAGGCGCUCAAACAGGCUGAGGAGUUCCGCACGGCGGUGCAGAUGCUGCUGGAGUGGCUGUCGGAGGCGGAGCAGACGCUCCGUUUCCGCGGCGUUCUCCCCGAAGAGGCCGAGACGCUGCAGGCGCUGCUGCACACGCACCGCGACUUCAUGGGAACGGUGGAGGAGAAGCGGGCCGACGUGAACAAGGCCGCCGGCAUGGGAGAGGCCAUCCUGACCGUGUGUCACCCCGACUCCAUCACCACCAUCAAACACUGGAUCACCAUCAUCAGGGCGCGCUUCGAGGAGGUGCUGACGUGGGCCAAACAGCACGAGCAGCGGCUGGAGACGGCUCUGACGGAGGUGCUCAACAACGCCAACCUGCUGGAGGAGCUGUUGUCAUGGUUACAGUGGGCCGAGACCACGCUGGUCCAGAGGGACACGGAGCCGCUUCCGCAGGACAUCCCGCAGCUGAAAACGCUGAUCACGGAGCACCAGACGUUCAUGGAGGAAAUGACCCGGAAGCAGCCGGACGUGGACAAAGUGACGAAAAGCUACAAGAGGAAACCAGUGGAGCCUCCCAGCAGCCUGGCGGAGAGGAGAGGAGCUCGUAAACACCAGCAGCAGCAGCAGCAGCCCAGCAUGCAGCUCUCCGGGGGAAACCCGCGCCUCAACCAGCUCUGUGCGCGCUGGCAGCAGGUGUGGCUGCUGGCUCUGGACCGCCAGCGGAAACUCAACGACGCUCUGGACCGCCAGGAGGAGCUCAAAGAAUUCGCCAACUUUGACUUUGACGUGUGGAGGAAGAAGUACAUGCGCUGGAUGAACCACAAGAAAUCCCGCGUCAUGGAUUUCUUCCGACGCAUCGACAAGGACCAAGACGGAAAAAUCACGCGGCAGGAGUUUAUCGACGGCAUCCUGGCCUCCAAAUUCCCGACCAGUAAGCUGGAGAUGUCGGCCGUGGCGGACAUCUUUGAUCGAGACGGAGACGGUUACAUCGACUACUACGAGUUUGUGGCGGCGCUUCACCCCAACAAGGACGCCUACAGGCCGACCACCGACGCCGACAAGAUAGAGGACGAGGUGACCCGCCAGGUGGCCCAGUGUAAGUGCGCCAAGCGGUUCCAGGUGGAGCAGAUCGGAGAAAACAAGUACAGGUUCUUCCUCGGAAACCAGUUCGGCGACUCCCAGCAGCUGCGCCUGGUCAGGAUUCUGCGCAGCACCGUGAUGGUGCGAGUCGGCGGCGGCUGGAUGGCUCUGGACGAGUUCCUGGUCAAGAACGAUCCGUGCAGAGUGAAACAUCCAGGACUUAAGAUUCUCCGCUCCGAUUCCAGUAGCUCCAUCUCAUCUCGUAUAGUGACAGUCACUCCUGGCUAUUUCUGCUGCCGAGCUCGAGGUCGCACCAACCUGGAGCUGAGGGAGAAGUUCAUCCUUCCUGAAGGAGCGUCUCAGGGCCUGGCUGCGUUCCGCUCUCGGGGUCGACGCUCCAAACCGGGCUCACGCAACGCUUCGCCAACCCGUUCGUCGUCCUCGGCUUCCCACAGCGGCGCCUCGCUCCCGUCGGCUCCCUCCACACCUGCCACACCGACGGCUUCGGCUUCAUCUAGGUCCUCCCUCACUCACUCGCGUGACUAUGCCAAGCCCUGGCUUGCACACAGUAAAACUCCAACGCCAACCAAGUGCCACUGCUGCCCAGACCUCGGUCACAACCACAGCGCUCCUGAGGGGGCGGCGUCUGGCUCCAAACUGAAGAGGCCGCCGUUCCACUCGAGUCGAGGCUCGCUGACCGGAGAGAACGGAGGAACGCCGCACAGCAGCAAACGCUCAGAUCCAAAGCGAGGGGCGGCGACGGCCAGCGGUCCGACCAGCCGCGCCGGCAGCAGAGCGGGCAGCCGGGCCAGCAGUCGCCGUGGCAGCGACGCAUCCGACGCCUCGGAGCUUCAGGACGCUCGCUCCGUCUGCUCCGACACUUCAGACACGCCAAGGCGGCCCGGCAGCGCCACCAAACCCUCCAAGAUCCCAACUAUAUCGAAGAAGGCCCCCAGCCCCAAGACGCCAGGGUCUGCGAAGAAGUAAACCAGCUGAAGAAUCAAUCGGUGUUCUUGUUCUUCAUCCAGAUGGCUGGUGUGAAAAUCCUGCACUAUACGUGAUGUUUUUCCGGGGAAUGAAGGAGAUGGCGAUCCGAGUUGAUCUCCCUCUCACUCCUUCCCAAGUCUUGAAGACACGCACAAGAGGAGAAGGUCUCUGGACCAGAAUCCGAGGGGUCAGCGAGAACUUUUCCCCUUUAAGACCCCGGUUUGCCUUCCAGUCUCCUCUUCUCAAACGUGAUGCUGCCUUACUUUAUGUUACACACAUUGUCGUGAUCAGAUGUCCGGCUUUCUAACUGACAGACGCACACUCUGACCCGUAGAGCGCGGUGCUGCGCGGCGCGGAUCGGGGCACGCCGCCAACGCCGCAGCUACACAAACAGAAAAAGAAUUGUGGGAGAAUUAUUUUUACUUGUGGUCCAGAUGCCUCAAGGAUGCGUCAACAGAGAAAAUAUGCAACGACUGCCAUGUCUGUCGCUUGGCGAGAAAACCGUCACCUCAGCAGCGGCGGAGCUGAGGAAACGCCGUCUGACGCACACACACACGCACACACACUUCCUGUGCGGAUCGGUGGAGGUGGUGACUCCGCCCAACCGCUGGAACGCUCCCGUCAGCCCCAAGCGUGCAUUUCAGCAAAGGGCGGUGUGGUUUCUUUUUCUCCUUUUUUACACAAAAAUCACAAGCUAGCAAAAGAAAGGACUAUUUUUAUGGUGACAACUAACAGCACAUUACUGACGAUAUACAACAUGCGUAACCUUAACAUGAUGUUAACAACCGUGUUCGCAAGAGUUCGACAACCAGCAUGCACUAAUCCUCUGCCGCUGUGUUGCCCUUAGUGACCCCGCUGCACACACACACACACACACACAUCGUGUGUGUGUCUGUUACAGGAAGCAGCAGAGGUCAUUGACUUGAGUCACUGUAUGCAAAAUUUUACUUUGCAAAUGUUUUCUGAUUAAUUUAUAAACCAGUUGGACUUUUUUGUUGUUUAGCUUGAAAGACAGAUUUAUUUAUUUUCAGUUUUUCGUCAUAUCACCGUCGGCAGAGAGUGAUUUAGUAUUAUGGUUAAAGAAAUUAUGAAUUUUUUGUACCGAGAAGAUGCCCACUCCGCUCGUUUUUUUUUUUUUUUUUUGUUGACAUGGUUUGUGUGUAAAAGCGUGUUUCUACUCUACUAUUGUGACAUUACAUUGCUCAUUGGGGCGCCCUCUAGUGGCAGUCUUGUUAAAUUUUCUUUAUCGCUAACGACUACAUUUUCCUGACCAAAGGGGUUUUUGCCCUUCAUGUGUAGAUGAACCACAGAUAUGAAUGACAACGUCUCUUCUAGGCUUUUUUUCAAAUGUCCUGUUGCUGACAGGGCCACGUUGUCUAAGUGUUUUCUCAAAUUAAGAGAUGAAGUUUAUGGAAACUAAUGGAAAUUACAUCAAGAAGUCAUCUUAAGGUUGAUUUUUAUUUAUUUAUUGUCUCUCUGAGGGGGAAAUGAUUACUCCACCUUUUUGAUGCUGCAGUCCUCUCAGUGUGAUGAAGUCAACAUGGCGGGAGGAAGGGGGUGUUACAGGGAGUCACUUGUGUAAAAUUAAAACAAUAAACUAAAAUUAUAAACUUUUUUCUGUUUUUGUAUUAAAGUAUGCUUGCAAUAAAA